CAACUCAACUGGCGCCUCGCGAAAGCAAGUGAUUUCGAUGACGUCGUAAAGUUGUCGGAGGGAAUUUACAAUGGUUACGACUUCAUUCCACUUGUAAUUCACCAAUGGCUUAAAAGGGGAUAUGUAGCCAUAAUGAUGCUGUAUGCGGACAAAAAACUCAUUGGUCUUGAGGCAGGCCAUAUUGUUGACGGUGGGAAAACGCUUGUUCGUCGCGGAGGACGCAUCGCACCUAAUCUUCGUGGACAGGGUCUAUUACGAAAGAUGGUACCUGCAUGGCAACAAUAUGUAUCAGCAGUCUUUUCUAAAGUCUCCAGGCAAAGAUUUUCGACUUUCGUGGAAGUCAAAGCUAAAGGCGUUAUCCCGUUUAAAAAAGUUCUCGAACGUGAUGAGCUGUCCUAUUUCGUGGAGGAAAAAUCCAAAGAAAAUUUCGACAGACGUGAUAUUUAUUCCUGGGAGGUGCUCUGUGUAGACAGCGCUGCGACAAAAGAAUUAGAAAUAGAGUCGUGUACCCAAGAGUAUUUCUCCGACGUUAUCCUAUCUUCUGCCGAAACUCAGAAGUUGUUCCCCAACAACAUACUGGUAUUUGACUGGUGCCCAUACGAGCCUCUCCGAUCAAAUAUCGAGUUAAUCCCGGAAAAAAAACAUCGCCUUUACUUUUUCGUAGAGAAAUGUUCCAUCAAAGGCAGCCCGAGAUCUUUUAGUUAUGGAGUUCACACACAGACAGUAAAAGCCAAAAAAUGGGAGGCCACAGUUUACACCGAUGAUCCAGCUGUCUUUGAAGCUCAUCUUCUGUUUCAGUUCAAGCUUGCUCGUGAGAUCAUCGAAUUUUGGAUAGGGGCGUGCCGCGAAGGUUCGUGAACCCUAACCCUAUUUAAGGACUAUGAAAGCGAAAACUGGUACCCUUUUUAAGGCCCAAAGCCAAAUUGACACCCUAUUCAAGGAAAAAACAAAAUUAUUAAUAGCAUGAAAAGGAAAACUUCAUUUCUUCUCUGUAACAUUGGAUGUAUAGCAUCAAGCAUAAAAUACUAGAAUAAGCCUACUUUAAUAAUAUGCAAUCAUAACCGGCGGGCUUUUUCACACUCCAGUAUUAAGGACCACACCAGGGACACAGAAACAAAAGGGUAAAAAAAAAAACCCUAUUUAAGGACCGAGAACCUCAAAAACCAUACCCUAUUCCGCGGCACGUACCUAUAUAGCCUAUAUAUGGGGGUACCCUCCCCCCCCCGGGAACAGGCCAUCAAGCGCACUCCCAUAUAGAUUCUAUAUUAUACGAAUUCAUUACUUAAGUCGAAAAUUGAAUUCGUUUAAUCUUUUCUAAUUUUAGAUUCAUAUUUCCAUUCUUGUAUACGAAACAAACAGAAAUCCAAAUACCACUGUUAAACAUCUGCCUCGUACCCAGACUUCUCUCGCGCGCGCGCAAAGGAAGGCGGGAAGGACCCUUCCCACGGUCCCUUGCGGCUCAUCACCAGUCGUUCGACUCUAACCUUGCGAAAAACCAUGGAUUUCUAUUAUCCAUGGAAAAACGAAGCGCCAAAGCACAAACUCAGCCAAAACGCUAAAAAUCUUCAAUGUUUACUCAAGUUUGGGCUUAUAGAAGAUAAUGUCACAGUUUUUCAAUGACCAUGAAAUUCAGAAUCCGGUUAGUUAGUUAAUCAAUUGUGGCCCUGAAAAAAUUUGAAGGAAAAAAAACUACGAAUUUUUAAGAAAAUGCUUUUUUCGUGAGAAGGAAUCUUAAACGCUGACAAACGUCAACAAAUGGCUAAAACUAUAAUUUCUAUAUGUUUGCUUUGCUCGAAAUCGCGCGCAUUUACAAGGCCCUAAAGCUUUUUGCUGACUUGCAAGGACCCAUCUGUUAUAACGAUCCCCAAAAUAAAGGGAUAAGUCACAUAGUUUAUUAGAUAUAAUCGUGUAAAGUUUGCUUAUCAUUUUUGCACAAAUUAUGACCUAAAUUUGGAAACCGCUGAAUUUCUCGAAUUGGGUCUUUGCGAUUUUGGUGAAACUCUGUUCAGCGCAAGGCAUUAAUGCGCACUAUGUGUAGCCGAGAGAUUUUCACGAAAAAAUGCCGGCAACAGCAGACCUCAAAGGGGCGUGGCAUUAUAACCACGUGACAUUUACUCCGAUCCCCUAAAAUUUUAUGUUAUAUUGUAGAUUGAUCUAUAUGUUAUCCAUUCUAUGUGUUAGACUUACGAUAAAAGUAAAGGUGGGGAUACCAGAGAGCUUCAAAGUAGGAUGGUACCCCCCCCCAAAAAAAAAAACUGGGUCGAGUCACCUUAACGAUUCAGUGAAACCUGUAUUAAGCGGACACUGUCUUAAGCGGACACCCUCCAUUAAGCGGAAGGUAGCCGAAGUCCCCAAAUUUAUUUCCCUUAUUUACUUUGAAAGAAACCUUUAUUAAGCGGACACCUCUAUUAAGCGGACGCGGACACCAAAAAGUACCUGAAAUGGUCAUUUCUAUUGUUGCCAACCUUAUUAAACGGACACUUGUAAUCAAAUUCCGCCACCCAACAUGCCAGAGACCGGAAAUGCGAAAGACUGCCUCGAAUUGCCACCCACAAAUUUUUCGAUUUUUACAUAAAAAACGUGACUUGACGAACUUAUUUGAUUAGUUUCAAAGUACAGGAUUGUUUUCUAUUUGUUUUGUUUGUAUAAAGCUUGUUUCACUCAUCUGAUUUCUUCAAAUUUGAGUUGCAAUUCAUGUUUAUGGUACUAUGAUCAAUUGGUUCACUUUGAUAAAGAAAUUAAUGCAAACGUCUAUCGUCCUAAUCUCUGGGAGUAUUAUAAACGCUUCCACAGUUCAUUUGAAUGGCAUUUGACACCUCAUAUGACGUUAUAUAUCGAAACCUAUAUUAGGCGGACACCCUGUAUUAAGCGGACACUACAGCAUUCCCCGAGGGUGUCCGCUUAGUACAGGUUUCACUGUAUUUGCCGAUGGCGUCCUGUUGGAGAGGCUAAAUGUUAACGUUCCACUGCUUCGCCACGUUACUCGUUUAAGAUGACGGCAAUUGUAAAUUAUCUUCAAAGGCGUGUUUCCAUCGCCAGUCGUAGCAGAAUCCAGUACAUUUCGGAUCGCACGUUCUCAACCAGAAUAAAUCCCCAACAACUCAACUGGCGCCUCGCGAAAGCAAGUGAUUUCGACGACGUCGUAAAGUUGUCGGAGGGAAUUUACAAUGGUUACGACUUCAUUCCAGUUGUAUUUCACCAAUGGCUUAAAAGGGAAAAUGUAGCCAUAAUGAUGCUGUACGCAGACAAUAAACUCAUUGGUCUUGAGGCAGGCCAUAUUGUUGACGGUGGGAAAACGCUUGUUCGUCGCGGAGGACGCAUCGCACCUAAUCUUCGUGGACAGGGUCUAUUACGAAAGAUGGUACCUGCAUUGCAGCAGUAUGUAUCAGCAGUCUUUCCUAAAGUCUCCAGGGAAAGAAUUUCGACUUUUGUGGAAAUCAAAGCUAAAGGCGUAAGCCCGUUUAGACUGUUUAAAAAAGUCCUCGAGCGUGAUGAGCUGUCCUAUUUCGUGGAGGAAAAAUCCAAAGAAAAUUUCGACAGACGUGAUAUUUAUCCCUUGGAGGUGCCCUGUGCAGACAGUGCUGCAACAAAAGAAUUAAAAAUAGAGUCGUGUACCCAAGAGUAUUUCUCCGACGUUAUCCUAUCUUCUGCCGAAACUCAGAAGUUGUUCCCCAACAACAUCCUGGUAUUUGACUGGUGCCCAUAUGAGCCUCUCGGAUCAAAUAUCGUGUUAAUCCCGGAAAAAAAACAUCGCCUUUACUUUUUCGUAGGGAAAUGUUUCAUCAAAGGCUGCCCGAAAUCUUUUAGUUAUGGUGUUCACACGCAGACAGUUAAAGCCACAAAAUGGGAGGCCACAGUUUACACCGAUGAUCCAGCUGUCUUUGAAGCUCAUCUUCUGUAUCAGUUCAAGCUUGCCCGUGAGAUCAUCGAAGGCAAAUUCACCUUCUUUUCAGUUCAAGAUAGAAUCAUGACACCAUUUGCGCGAAGGGUACUGGGGGAAAUA